AUGGUUAAAGAAUAUUAUAGUACUGCAUCAGGAUCAACAUGCAUUCCACCGCGCCACUUUUACGCUCUUAGUGACAAGCCUGGAGAUGUCUUCCAAAAAAAGCGUUUAUAUCAACGCAUUCAUCUGCCUAAGUUGAGUCCUACUGAGGCAGAAUUUAUGCGACUAGUAAAUAAUGGAAAUGUUGAGGAUGUCAAAGAGUUCUUACAAGAAUGUUCCGAUUUGGAUAUUAAUUGUAUUGACUACCAGGGCAUCUCAGCUCUUCACAUAGCGGUGCGAAAUGAGUCAAUGGAUAUGGUGGACUUUUUGUUGAAUCAACCUCGUAUAGACCUAGGUGACAACGUGUUACACGCCGUCCGAAAUAACAGUAUCAACAUCUUAGUCAAGUUAUUGGAUGCCCAGAAAAAGAUUUCACCCGGCUUGGAAUUUGCCGGAGCGUUGCACUCUGCCGAUUUUCCUGAAUACAUCACGCCUUUGAUCCUGGCUGCGCAGUGUGGUCAUUACAAAAUUGUAGGGUUAUUAAUUGAAAGAGGUCAUACUAUUCUCAUGCCGCAUACUCCUCGCUGUUUCUGUACGUGUUGCAAAAGCAUGUUCUUGAACGAAGAUCCCCUUCGCUUUAGUCUAGCACGAUUAUCGGUGUAUCAGGCAUUAUCCUCGCCCGUGUACAUCAUACAAACAUCCUCGGACCCAAUCCUAACAGCUUUCCAUCUGGCUUCAGAGCUGGAAGUCAAUGCAUCCACUAACAUACAGUUAGCAGCCUCCUACUUACAGCUCAAGGGUGACGUCAGUGCUUUCGCUGUUGACCUUAUAGGAUGUUGCCGUACCUCUGGAGAAGUGGAGUGUAUAUUGAAGCAAACUUCGGGAUUUCACGGGAGACACUUUGUGUUACCUCGACUUCUAAUGGCUGUUAAUUGUAAACAGAAAGAGUUUGUAGCUCAUCCGAAUACGCAACAGGUCCUGGAGUCCUAUUGGUUGGGAGAAUGUACCUGGAAGAAUAGAUCAUUUUGCAUGAAAAUCAUGGAAAUAUUAACAAGACUUCUCAUUACCCCACUCAUGCUGAUAAUGUCCAUGGUUACGCCUCGACACUGGCUUGUUAGAUACUGGCAGAUACCGUUGAACAAGCUGAUUACCCACGUGGCUGCCUACCUCUUGUUUCUCACUUUAGUCUUCCAUAUUUCGAAUCAAGAUAAACGCUAUCAGAAACGGGGCCCGCCAAAUACAGGUGCAGAGGGUCCGGUCAUAUUGUACGUGUGUGGUUACAUAUGGUCUGCCGCGCGCAUGUGCCUCAUGCAGGGUCCUCGCCGUUACCUCGCCGAGAUGUGGAACUGGGCCGAGAUCAUUAUGCUGCUGCUCUUUGUGUUGUCAUUCGGCUUCUGGAUCUCUGCUGCUAUGGAUGUUACCAGUGCGAACGAAUAUUUAGAACGCAGGUAUUGGAACCAGCAUGACCCAACAUUGCUUGCUGAGGGGACCUUCUGCUUAGCAACGAUAUUCGCUUAUUUCCGGCUCAUGUACCUGUGCCAACUGAGCUACCAUCUAGGGCCUUUGCAGGUUUCCCUAGGCAAGAUGACUAUCGAUAUUUACAAGUACAUAAUUGUAUUUACGAUAAUCAUUAGCGCUUUCACUGCGGGCCUGGCUCGUCUCUACCAAUAUUAUGACGGCAUGGUCUACGAAGAUGACUUUGGAGUUAAAACGGUGCAGGUAUCGUCAUUCACAAGUCUGGCAGAUACUUUAAAGACUUUAUUCUGGGCCCUUUUCUGCAUGGCGCCAUUGGAGAGCUCUGAUGUGGUGAUAUCCAAUACCAGAGAUAUAAUGGUCUCUGAAAAUUUUCACGGAAAUCGACACGAAUUCACCGAAUUUAUUGGAUACUUCUGUUUUGGUUGUUUCGAAGUAAUAUCAGUUAUUGUCGUGUUAAACAUGCUGAUAGCGACGAUGUCCAACACAUUUCAGAGAGUCAAUGACAAUGUGGCCAUCGAGUGGACGUUUGGUAAAACCGAAGUGUAUAUAAACUACAUAUUGCAGACAACUUUACCAUCGCCAUUCAAUCUCAUCCCUACAGCGUCGGGGAUGAGUACGGUGGUGGAAUGGCUGAGAGUUAAAAUAGGCAACACACCCGGAAUGCGAGCACUGUGGUCACCGUCUUACUGUUGUUAUGUGGAACGAGACGUAGAAGCGAAUGUUCUAAAGGAGUUCCCUGUAUUAAUGACAGUACUAGCACAAAGAUAUUUCAGUAAAAAGUUGAGUAAUAAAGUAAUAUAA